GUCGUCGCGGAUCUAAAUAAAUAGAGAGAAGUGAAACUUCACUUCACAGGGAGUUUAGUGUUAUCAAAUUUAUCUCGGUUUUUGUGAUCGUUGCCACUAAUCACGUCCACCGUGCUAGUGAAAUUCCUGUUGUACGGCUGGAGGAGUUCUAUCCGGAGCCGGUUGUGCUUGGAAUGUCUCUCGGUCGUUGCUGCUCCAGCGUGAAGUAGCAAACCAGACGAGCGACAAUGAUUCGUGUUUAGAAAGUGUAGCAUUCGACCUUUAGACCUCCCUUCAAAAAGGAGCAGAACCAAUCUGCAUCUGACGACGACGGUGGCUAUAACCGCGGCCAGUGCGCAACCUGUGUCAAGCUAUAAAUCAUGUCAUUCAAGGAUCUAGUGGAACCGGAAUGUGGUGGGGCGAAUCCGCUGAUGAACCUGGGUCGCCAGGUGACUCGGGAUGUUGCCUAUCAGGAUGAAGGGUUUGCCGGAGGGCGUUCGGCCUACAUCGGAUCGGACAACGAUCUGGUCAAGGAGUUUAUGGGCCAGAUCGCCCCGGCCCCCCAAUCGUUUCGCAUGGAUGUAUUGCUGAAGGAGAUGAGGGAUAUCGACCGGCAGAAUUUUCAUCAGCGCCAGAUUGUACCUGGACCUCCGGUAAUCGAAGAGGUAAACCGGUCGGAUUUGGAUUGGGAGAGAGAAUUUGCGAUCGAUUCGUCGAUUGCAGCAGGAUCAAACCAUCCCGGUCAUCGUGCGGAAAGUAAACUUACCAGUAUUUGGUCAAAUUCGCAGUUAGAUCCGAUCGAGGGAACCAUCAAUGCCGGACCGAGUCACAUUUUAUAUACGAAGGAUUUUUUUGACCUGAACGAACCGAAGAGUGAGGAAGAGCAGCAGUCGAUUCGUCAGGCGGCAGGAGAAUUAGCUGAUGUCACAUACCGCCGUGAUUCAGAGAAACUGAAUUAUAGUGAGUUUCUGCACUUUAUCAACAAUGUAGGCGAAGGAAAUAUCAAGAUCAACGAUGGACACGUCACCGGAGGAAACGUUUGGGCGAAUGAGUUUGAUCAGUUAGCAGCCGGGCCGUCGAAACCGACGACCAAGGAGGAACCCGGUAUCGCCGAAGAUUGGGCCAAGGCUUUCGAGGAUGAUAAGAAAAGGGAGCAGGAAGCGGCUGAGAAUUAUAACAAGCAAUUCUGGGAGCGCUUGCAGGACGAGUGGCGUUCGAUUUCGGAGAAUGAAAGCCAGCAUCCGUGGUUGUCAGAAUUUUCUGAGUUCUAUGAUCCCUACAAGGAGUACAAAUUCGACGAGGAAAAUCCGAUGACCAAUGUCGAGAAUGCUUUUGAAAAAGGUAAAGCUUUCCUUGCGCAAGGCGACAUCCCUAGUGCGGUUUUGUGUUUUGAAGCAGCCGUUAAGCAGGAACCGGAGAAUCCGGAAAUUUGGGAAUUGCUGGGAUUCAGUCAGGCAGAGAACGAGAAAGAUCCAAAUGCAAUCGCUGCAUUGAACAAGGCACUAUCGUUUAAUCCGAACAAUAUGCCAGUGCUGAUGGCACUGGCUGUAUCUUACACAAAUGAAAGUAUGCAGAACCAAGCAUUGAAGAUGCUUGUCAAGUGGAUGAAAUGCAACCAGAAAUAUGAAGCUUUGGUCCCGCCCGAAAUGAUACAACCACAGGAAUCAUUUUUGGCCACCUCGUUGAUGGGCGGACCAAGCCUGCAAGACGUUCAAGAUCUGUUUAUCAAAGCAGUUCAAACGUCUCCGAAUGAAAUUGACGCUGAUAUACAGGAAGCUUUAGGAGUGCUCUUCAAUCUAAGCUCAGAAUACGACAAGGCAGUUGACUGUUUUCGUGCAGCCGCACAGGUUCGCCCGGACAGUUCGAAAAUCUGGAACCGUUUGGGCGCAAGUUUGGCUAAUGGAAAUCGCUCCGUUGAAGCAGUAGAAGCAUACCAACGGGCGCUGGAAAUUCAACCUGGUUUUAUCAGAGCACGCUACAAUGUUGGAAUCAUCUGCAUCAAUUUGAAGGCUUAUAAGGAAGCAGCUGAACAUCUGCUGACCGCGUUGAACCAUCAAGCGUCAUCAAUCGCCCGGGCAGGAAUAAAUGUUUCCUCUCCUGCCAAUCAAAUGUCCAGCACGAUCUGGAUCACACUGCGGAUGGUUAUGUCGCUGAUGGGGCGUCAGGAUUUACAGCAGGCAAUUGAUAACCGCGAUCUGGCGGUGCUGAAUCGCGAGUUCUCUAUGAGUAAUGAUUAGGAUGGGUUGUCUUUUAUAUAGUGAAAGGACGGGAAUGGUGUUUCUUUUAUUAUUUUUUUAACAUAUGGAGUAAUAAAGGUUGGGACCUUGUAAAAAAGAAUGGAGGGAGUACAAUUGAGUAAAAAGUUUAUAUUCGAUUCAGUUGGUUCUUGAUGAGCAAUAUCAAAAACAAAAAUUAACAGAGCUGAAUAAUUUGGAAGAAAGGUACAUUUUUCUUUUUUUUCGUUCUAUAACAUGCCGGUUUUGAUAAAUGGUUAAUAAAACAUGAGUAC